AGACGGCCGAGGCUUCCGCCCUCCCCUCAGCACUUCCGGCAGAGAGAUGGAGGGCGGCGGCUCCCCGGUGCUGUACGUGCUGGCCGCCCAGCUGUGUGCCGUGUACUCGCAGCCGCCGCUGCCCCUCGUCGUCACCACAUGGCCCUUCCACAGCGCGACACGGGCAGCUUGGAAAGCCCUAGCGGCUCGUGGCUCCGCACUGGAUGCAGUGGAGACGGGCUGUGCCCAGUGUGAAACUGACCAGUGUGAUGGCUCAGUGGGAUAUGGAGGAAGCCCUGAUGAAUCUGGAGAAACAACGCUGGACGCAAUGAUUAUGAAUGGAAACACAAUGGAAGUUGGCGCAGUAGCCAGUCUUAGACGAAUAAAAAAUGCCAUAGGUGUGGCCCGGGCAGUCAUGGAGCACACACGGCACACGUUUCUAGUUGGGGAAUCCGCUUCUUUGUUUGCUGAGAGCAUGGGUUUUGUGUGUGAAGAUUUAACCACCAACAGAUCCUUAUCCAUCUAUUCGAAAUGGCUCGAUCAGCAGUGCCAACCAAACUUUCACAAGAAUGUGACUCCAGAUCCUACAAAAUCCUGUGGUCCUUAUAAACCUGUAAAAAGUUUAUCAGAAGGAAAGAAACCCACCCUACAGAAACAAGUGGAUUUGCACAGCCAUGAUACCAUUGGAAUGAUUGUAGUUGAUGGAAAUGGAAAUGUUGCCACUGGAACCUCCACAAAUGGAGCGUCUCACAAAAUCCCUGGACGGGUGGGAGACUCGCCAAUAAUUGGAGCUGGAUCCUAUGCAGACAGUUCAGUUGGAGGAGCAGCAGCCACUGGAGAUGGGGACACCAUGAUGCGAUUCUUACCAAGUUAUCAAGCUGUGGAGAACAUGAGGAUGGGAGCAGACCCCACCAUGGCAUGUCAGAAGGCUAUUGCCAGGAUUCAGAAACACGUCCCAAUCUUUUUUGGAGCAAUAAUCUGUGCCAACAAGACAGGAAGUUACGGUGCUGCCUGCAGUAAAGCUCCAGGCUUCAGUCAGUUUCACUACUCCAUAUAUAAACCUGGCCUGUCUCAGCCUCUGGAAGAGAUGGUGGAUUGUCUAUAGCUUAAACUGGGAUUGUCUCCUGUAAUGCAAAGCACUUUUGCAAAACUUAACACGCUAUAGUUUCCUCAUGUGUACUAUGUGUGCAUUUGAGAACUGUACAUAUAUUGCAAUGAAGACCAGAAAAUCAACUGCAAGACUAAUAAAAGAAAAUAAAUGAUA